UACUACUAAUUGGUAGCGUUGUUUUCUGUGCUUCCACCUCCUGUCUCAUUUUUACUCCCUUUUCGCCGUCCUGCUAAAUCGAUCUCUAACGCAUCCCAUCUAAACUGCACGGCGAUUCCAUGACGCUUGGCUCAGGAGGAUCCAGUGUCGUCGUCCCUCGGAAUUUCAGAUUGCUGGAGGAGCUUGAACGCGGGGAGAAGGGUAUUGGUGAUGGUACAGUGAGCUACGGAAUGGAUGACGGAGAUGACAUUUAUAUGCGCUCUUGGACAGGGACCAUCAUUGGUCCUCAUAACUCUGUACAUGAAGGUCGCAUUUAUCAGUUGAAGCUUUUUUGUGACAAAGAUUACCCUGAAAAGCCACCUACUGUUCGCUUCCAUUCACGGAUCAACAUGACUUGCGUCAACCAUGAAACUGGAGUGGUUGAAUCGAAGAAGUUUGGAAUACUGUCGAAUUGGCAAAGAGAAUACACCAUGGAAGAUAUAUUGACUCAGCUGAAGAAAGAGAUGGCUGCACCGCACAAUCGUAAGCUGGUCCAGCCUCCAGAAGGUACCUAUUUCUAGUCCAAGAUCAUGCAAGCAUCAUGGACUUCAUUGCUGAUUCCAUAUGCAAAUUUGUAGUUUGUAAUGGUAUUCUAUCUUGGAAUGUAAAUUUUAUGGGGAAUGCUUCAAGAAGCUUAUCCUACUACCUAGCGUGAUCUCUCAGUCUUCCUUUUAAUCUGCUAAAUGAUGAAGCAAGAUGUUUUACAGGGGAUUUUCAUGUUGUCUUGAACGUUAAAUAUAUCUAUGCUUUGUUCACUCAAUAGGUGUUUAAAUUCCUCCGGUUUCUACAAUGUUACUAAUGAAAUGUUAAACAUUUUUUAUGAAACGACUUUGCAGUUAACUGAUUACAUCAAUGUAUCAAUUAGAUCAUGCUUUUGAUUUUGAUGUCA